GAGUUCAUUGAUUGUCGAACAAACCAAGUAUAUAGUUCGGGCUUUUGCUCUUCGUCAUAAGAAUUUUAUAAGUAGUUUAUUAUUUUUAAAAUAUCUGUUAGCCAUACAGGUCGUAAAAUGGAAGUAAAAGCCCGGAAUAAGUCCUCAUCUUUAGGAGUUAUAUGUGCGAUAUGCAGCGAGUUUUACACCCCCUACGAUGUGAUAUUCUACUCUGCCAGCUGUGGGCAUAAUUUCCACAAGGUCUGUUUGACGCGCUGGCUCAACAUAUCCUUGACUUGUCCGCAGUGCCGAUCGAGUUGUCACAGGGAUAAUAUCCGGCGGAUAUAUUUGAACUUCUCGGAGAGACGGGAAGGUAAAGGUGAGGAGCCGCCCAAGGUGCCCAUUCAAUGGGUUCCUCUGGAUUAUAAGGCCACAAAGCUACCGAAAGGCGUGGUAAAAUGUGGCUUCGACAAUAAGGGUAACUCCACAUAUGUGGCUCGCGUCUACUUGAACAACGACUUGUUACCGGCCAGCUAUGUGGCGAAAAACAAAACUGCAUUGUGUUCCUGGGACUGUCAGGCAUACGAGUUCUUUUCGGAAGUAGAAGUACUGAUACUGACCGAAUGCGAUCUUAAAUGGGUGCCUGGGACAAAGGGAAGUUACUCGUCGGAUGCUCUCCAAACCGGAUACUCUGAAGAUGGGGAGGUGACCUACACGGGACGUGGCCUUUACGAUGGAACCGUGCGGCUGGGAAAAGUUCAUCCGUCCCACGAGGUCAUGUACAUACCGCACCGGGGACUGGAAGUCAAUGUGCCAGACUAUGAGGUUCUGGUUGCAAUCCCUCGGUAGAAAUUCGUUCUUUCAAAAUCGUUUUUACUGCUUUCUUCAUCUUCAUCUUCAUGUUAUAAUUUUUUAUUAAAAAUGUGUUAGACGCUAUGUAUAUUCUGAUUAGUGUUUGGAACCUACGCAUGUUGUGAACAUAAUGCUUAUGCCUAAAC